AUUUUCCAGUCUCUUUGAUUUUUCUCGGGAAAAUGUCAGCGAUACUCCAAGGAGGCGUGGCAUCAACGGCUCUAUCGCCGUUUAAAACUACCGAUUCCAACAAACUCGUGACGGCUCCUUCCCGCUCAUCUCUUUCAGUGAGGAGCAGAUCUGAUUGGAGUAAGAGCUUUGGCUCUCGCCUCAUUGCUCGUCGCUCUCAGCCACCGUUGAUACCAAAUGCUGUUGCGACGAAGAAGACGGACAAUGCUGAGAGCUCCACGUCAUCGAAGUCUGGACAUGAGCUGUUGCUUUUUGAGGCACUUCAAGAAGGUCUAGAGGAAGAGAUGGACAGAGAUCCACAUGUUUGCGUCAUGGGUGAAGACGUAGGCCACUACGGAGGCUCAUACAAAGUAACCAAAGGCCUAGCUGACAAAUUCGGCGAUCUCAGGGUUCUCGACACUCCCAUCUGUGAGAACGCCUUCACUGGCAUGGGUAUUGGAGCCGCCAUGACAGGACUUAGACCCGUCAUCGAAGGUAUGAACAUGGGGUUUCUACUCUUAGCCUUCAACCAAAUCUCCAACAACUGCGGCAUGCUUCACUACACAUCCGGUGGUCAGUUCACUAUCCCUGUUGUAAUCCGUGGGCCUGGUGGUGUGGGCCGGCAGCUCGGAGCUGAGCAUUCCCAGCGGCUUGAGUCUUACUUUCAGUCAAUCCCUGGGAUCCAGAUGGUGGCGUGUUCAACACCUUACAACGCUAAAGGAUUGAUGAAAGCAGCUAUAAGAAGCGAGAAUCCUGUGAUUCUGUUUGAACAUGUUCUGCUUUAUAACCUCAAGGAGAGUAUCCCUGACGAAGAAUACAUUUGUAACCUAGAAGAAGCUGAAAUGGUCAGACCCGGUGAACACAUCACUAUCCUAACGUAUUCAAGAAUGAGGUACCAUGUAAUGCAGGCUGCAAAGACGUUGGUGAACAAAGGGUAUGAUCCAGAGGUUAUUGAUAUCAGGUCGUUGAAGCCGUUUGAUCUCUACACGAUUGGGAACUCGGUGAAGAAGACGCACAGGGUUUUGAUAGUGGAGGAGUGUAUGAGAACGGGAGGGAUAGGAGCGAGUUUGACGGCAGCAAUAAACGAGAACUUUCAUGAUUACUUGGAUGCCCCGGUGAUGUGUCUGUCUUCUCAGGAUGUUCCAACACCUUACGCUGGUACACUCGAGGAAUGGACUGUUGUUCAGCCUGCUCAGAUCGUCACUGCUGUUGAACAACUCUGUCAGUAAUUUUUAUCUUUUAACCGCUCGUUUUACCUUUUUUUAACGUUUUAUUUCUGUUUUUGUUAGUUUUCGUGAAAUGAUGACACACUGGGACUUUUUUACAUUUUUUAUUGACAAUUUCCAUAAUCAAAUACACCAGUUUUCGUUCAGAACUUUUUAUAAAAAAAAAGGGGCGUAUUGACAUGUUCAACUACUUCUUCCCUGAAC